UAAAAUGUACGAAAGUGUUUCCUACUCUUUCAUUUCCACAAAUACCCCUUUCAAUUGCAAAUAAUUGCUGCCCCACUCCACGCCUCUUCCCAACCGAAACAAUGAAACACCCCCAACGAAUAGUUCUUUCCAAAACGAAUAGCUCUUUCCAAGCGAUACAAACCAACACCCCAAUGGAAACACUACAGACAACAACUGCCUCCCCAAGCCUCCCACAAAACCAAUCCAUUCUCCUUCUGGCAGCCCCUUCUCCUCUGACUCCCCUGGCCUCCCAAAAAACCAUUGCACCUUCCUUCUGGCACCCCGUUCUCCUGCUUAAACUCAGGCAGCCUCCGACCAAGAACCAACAACAACGGCGUACCAGACUGAUCCCAAGUGCAUUCCAACACAAGGCCAAGACAGGAAAUGGACGAGACACAAGGUUUAGAUUGGCUUGGAGAAAUGAAAUCAGCCGGCUUCCUUCGUCAAUGGAAGAGAUAUGAUAGGUUAACACCUACACAAAGAGCAGAAAAAAUUCAGAAGACAAUGCAAAAUAGGAAGAGGAAACGCAAUGCACAUUAUCCUUCUCCGAACAUAAAUCUUGGUCGUGAAUUCUCAGAUGGAUAAACACAAAAUCCAUCGCCAAAUGCCCCUUUGGAGGACAACCUAAGGGAGUCCAAAACGAACGGUUAGUACUUUCGAACAAGUUAUUUGAUUAAAACCUU